AUGGUUUGGUUAGAAACUUUGCCUGAUGAUUGGUGGAAGUCAUAUCAAUCUAUUUCACUUUCAACUCAUUGCAUUCAUGAACUUAACAUUGAACUUCUAUUUAUUGUUCGAAGUCUUCUUCUUGAAACGCGUACUUAUGCACGUGCUUGUAAGCGUAUUUGUCUUUGCGCUAUUGAUUUUCAAGCGGCACUUGAAACUCGUAAUAUUUACCGAAAUAAAAACUUUACUAACUAUGUACAACAAUUGGAAAAAACAAGUAUUUCUGUAUUGUCAUUAAUUGAUCAAGUCGAUCAAUUGUCAUCGAAAACCAAUAGACUUGAACUUACAAUUCAUUGGCUUGCUAUUGAUGGACAACAACCGAUCAUUUCCGACAAUCCACCUGCAAAUUUUAGUGAGGAUAAUUCAGAAGAGAAAAAACAAAAAAAAUCGAACGGCACAAAAAUAUUACCAAAUGAACUUAUUAAUAGAUCGUCUACAUUAGAAAAACUUUUUCAAAUCGCUAAUACUAGUAGACGAAAAAACUAUGUCUAUCAGGAACAUAUCCAUCCAUUAACAAAGAAUAAUUUAACCAUGAAACCGACUCAUCCUCGAAAUCUACCUUUACGCCGAUUUCAUGCCAAUAAUAAUAAAGUACCAUGCAUAGAAUCGAUUCAAACGUGUCUUGCGCAUGAAUUAAGCAUAGAACAACAAUUAUAUUUUAAAUUAUUAACUGAAUCCUGUUUCAACGGAACAGAUAAACAAUGUGCUGAUGCUUUUCAUUGUUUCUCUUCCGAUGCUGCUUUGCAACCUCUUCUACCUCGUCUUCUUCUCUUCAUCGCUCAAGGUAUUCAAACAAAUAUUCAUCUACACGAUCUAAGUUUUAUUCUUCGAUUUUUAUCAAUAUUGAAAAUGCUUACAUCAAAUAAAUUUAUUUCAUUUGAUAAAUAUCUUCAUUCAAUCAUGCCAACAUUAUUAACUUGUCUUCUAUGUAUAUUUGAUUUGGCAAAAAAUGAUCCUAUUUUAUCUACAAUAGAUCAUAAUAGUUCGAAUAAUUAUUCGGCAGUAUGGACCUUACGAGAACAAACUAGUGAUUUUAUUUCAUAUUUUGAAGAUAAAUAUUCUAAUAUUUCGUAUUUUACUGAAAGAAUCUGUUCUAUUAUUAAACGAAAUUUAAAUAAUACAACUACAACAUUUUCUAUUGUAUAUGCAUGUAUAAGAACAUUGAUUUUGAUCAACAUUCAAAUUCAUGGUUCAUUUGUAAUAGACAUUUUACAAAAUUAUAAACAGACAAAAUUGAUUGAAGUAGAUUUUGAUCUUGAUUAUAAUGAACAGAAGACAUUAUUUAACCAGAAGAUUAAUGAAUUGCUGGGAAAAUACAAGUUAAUUUUCGAAGAAAUAUAA